AUGACCAUGCACAUUAUUCUGUUACUGUACACAGAUGCUGAGAGUCCUGUUGUGAAUUGUCCAGGUAAUAUAUCGCAGAACACAGACCCUGGAGCUUCUUGGGCGAAUGUAACAUGGAAUGCUGCCAAUGCAACUGAAAAUUCAGGAUCAGAUAUCGAUCUGUAUGUGUCUCAUGACCCAGGCAGCCAUUUCUCUAUCGGAAGUACAGAUGUUAUGUAUUCUGCUGUCGAUGCAUACAACAACACAGGGUACUGUUACUUUAUUGUAACCGUCAUUGACGAUGGAGCUUCCUGGGCGAAUGUAACAUGGGGUGCUGUCAAUGCAACUGAUAAUUCAGGAUCUGUAUCCGAUCUAUAUGUGUCUCAUGAUCCAAGCAGUAAUUUUCCUAUCGGAAGUACAAUUGUUACGUAUUCUGCUGUCGAUGCAUACAACAACACUGGGUACUGUUCCUUUAUUGUAAGCGUCAUUGACGCUAAGAGUCCUGUCGUCAUUUGUCCAGCUGAUAUAUGGCAGAACACAGACCCAGGAGCUUCAUGGGCGAGUGUAUCAUGGGAUUUUACCAAUGCAACUGAUAAUUCAGGAUCAGAUAUCGAUCUGUAUUUGUCUCAUGCCCCAGGCAGCAAUUUUCCUAUUGGAAGUACAAUUGUUACGUAUUUUGCUGUCGAUGCAUACAACAACACAGGAUACUGUUCCUUUAGUGUAACCGUCAUUGACGCUGAGAGUCCUGUUGUCAUUUGUCCAGCUGAUAUAUUGCAGAACACAGACGAUGGAGCCUCCUGCUCGAAUGUAACAUGGGGUGCUGUCAAUGCAACUGAUAAUUCAGGAUCU